CCCGGCAAAGGAGGCGUUGUCCCACCGGUGAUACUCCUGGAGCGUCACUUCUAUGCAGAAACCGGCUAUCCUGCUUGGGGACACACAAAAUACAUACGUAUACAAUUUUUUAUAGUUGGGAAAUUUGUGUCUCCGUCUGUGUAAUUGAUAGAGGUUCCCCGUCUUUAUACUUAUUGAAAUCACACAGAAACAGUGUUAUCGUGCAAAAAAUGAUCAAGAACGGACACCACCAGACCAACACACCGGGAAAAGACGCAGGGACGAUCCUCGGUGCUACAGCUUGCAGUCCAGAGAAGAGAAGACGAAUCAUACGGGUGUGGUGCGAUGGAUGCUAUGACAUGGUUCACUAUGGACACUCUAACCAGCUGCGCCAGGCCAAGGCCAUGGGGGACUACCUCAUCGUUGGAGUCCACACAGACGGUGAGAUCUCAAAGCACAAGGGCCCACCUGUCUUCACUCAGGCUGAGAGGUACAAGAUGGUGCGAGCCAUCAAGUGGGUGGAUGAGAUAGUGGAGGGAGCGCCGUAUGUCACCACCUUGGAGACCCUCGACAAGUACACCAGUGACUUCUGUGUGCACGGAGAUGACAUCACACUUACAGUGGAUGGGAAGGAUACAUAUGAAGAGGUGAAGAAGUCAGGAAGAUACAGGGAAUGCAAGCGAACUCAGGGAGUCUCUACAACUGACCUGGUGGGCAGGAUGCUCCUGAUGACGAAAGCCCACCACAGCAACAUUGGAAGUUCAGAUUAUCAACAACACACAGACAACUUUGGAAAGGGGUUGCAGGGUCCUAAGGGCCACAGUCCGUGGACUGGGGUGUCUCAGUUCCUGCAGACCUCCCAGAAGAUUAUCCAGUUUGCCUCGGGCCAGGAGCCUCAGCCCGGGGAUACCAUCAUCUACGUGGCGGGAGCCUUCGAUCUCUUCCAUAUCGGCCAUGUGGACUUCCUGGAGGCUGUGUACAAGCUCUCAGACAAGCCAUAUGUUAUAGUGGGGUUGCACUUUGACCAGGAGGUGAAUCGAUACAAAGGGAAGAAUUACCCCAUCAUGAACGUCCAUGAGAGAACCCUCAGUGUGCUGGCCUGUCGAUAUGUUUCCGAAGUGGUGAUUGGUGCACCAUAUGCAGUCUCAAGAGAUUUGCUGGACCAUUUUAAGGUGGACCUGGUGUGUCAUGGGAAGACAGAAGUGUUUCCAGACAAAGAUGGGUCGGAUCCUUACACAGAACCUAGAAGGAAAGGAAUACUGCGUACUGUAGACAGUGGCAACAGUCUCACUACGGACAACAUCGUACAGAGGAUAAUCAAGAACAGACUGCUUUUUGAGGCCAGGAACCAGAAGAAAGAGGCCAAAGAGAUGGCUGUGAUCCAGGCCAUGAAAAGACGAGAGGAGGAGAAGGCCACUGAGAGAGCCCAGGCCCAGGCUCAGGCUGUCCUGUAGAAACUCCCCCCUCCCUCCCUCCGCCUCCAAGCACACCAUUAAUGUCACCAGUGUCAUCCAAGACUGACAAACCUAAUCCAUCUACCCCACAUGCAGUAAACCCCCAUCCUGAGCCCCCCCCCCCCCCCCCGCCCCCCACAGACUGUCCUUACACUCGGCAGCACCAUUUUGUCAUUCAUAAAUACUGUUAUAAUACGGUACUAAAGGGGAGCUCUGUAGUGGGCUUUACUGGUACAUGUAGGUGCUGAUGUCUUUAUUUGAGUCUUACCAUACCAUCUGUAUGCACUUACCUGUCACUUCCUUAUAAUUUGACACGUCCCCCAUAAAGACCUCUCACUGUCGGCCUUCAACACAUUUCCAGGGAACGGUGGCUGCUUUCCACCCGGUAACGGGCCCACCCUGUCACCACUCACAUUCUAUCUAAUCUAUCUCUGUAUAUAUGUACUGUAUGUAUCUAUUAUACAUUAAUUACCAGCUCUCUGGAAGUGAGGUGUUUGGUGGUGAGAACGUACUACCCCACUGAAGCAUUCCAUUGGUCGACUUACUAUCGGUUAGCAAAGGGCAUUAAUGAUCGGAUACUCCAGGGUGAAUUAACACCAACAUGUUUAUGUUUAGGAUGUAACCUUACAGAAUAGAUAACUAUGCAAUUAAAACGAGAUUAUAGAUAGCUAAAUAAAGAGAUAGAUAAGUAGAUAGAUAAAAUCCAUCCUAAUGGUAUCUAUCUAAGUAAGGUUGAGACAUUUAACAGCCACCAAUCUAAAGCAUUAGGAACUAUAAUAGUGUUGGUGUAAACCAGCCCUUGGAAGUUGAACUGUGUAGAAUAUGGGCCAAGCUAUGGGACCAUAUGUAUAUACCUGAACUGUAUCCUCUCCAGAAUAAACUGACUGUAAAUAGUCAGAAUGAUUUUAACUAGCAAGAGCACUACCAAUGCCCCAGUGCAAUUCUUGUUUUUGCCACAGAGGGUCACAAUUUACCUUUGAAAUCACUUUUUAUUUAAUGUUUUUUCAUUUGGGUAGAGAGAACUACAGUUUGACACCCUGCUUUUAAUGAAUCAUAAAUUAAUUCAAGAUUAUUAUAUAUGGUUGGUGCUGUUGACUCAAUAAACGAAUAACCUUCUA